AUGUGCAACAGCGUCGGUGCUCCGUGGUGGCCGACGGGACCGAGAGCGCAAAUCUUCCGGGAAGUUCCGGGUGCUGGAAAUUUCGACCGGUGGGAGAAUUUCGGCUGGAUUUUGCUGUGUUGCGGCAGGGCGUUUUUGACCAGGGCCGGCAAUUGCUGCUCGACGUGGUGGUUUGGUUGUGAUCUUGCGGAGCUACGGAGGACCGGUUCGGGAAAUUUCGAGCCUCGUGUGGAUUUUGAGGUUAGGUGUCCAUUCCACUUGUGGAGUACUAGCAAAAGCUGGCAAAGGCCGGGCACGUGGUCGAUACUCGUUCAACACGGUUCCCAGUGGAGAGAGGACAAGAAAACGCGAUGGCGCCUAGUAGCACGAAUCGUCGUGUUGUGGAUUCGAAGAAGAUCGGUGUCGACUGGAAGCGCGGUGUGGCUAGCGCAUUGCGAUCAGCUUAAACCACAUUACCAGCAACAAGGCGAGCGGCCGAACCUGAUGACGCCGUUCGAAAAGUCUACGCCGGGCGCGGCAAUGGUCGAUGUGGACGUAGAAAUGCUGAAUUUGGACGAGAACAUGUUGGGAACCGGAUACGGUGGGAGCGGUUUAUUCCGGGGUUUCCCGGAGCCUGUCUCGACCGGAUCAAAGAGAAGAAAACGUGACGCUGGAACGGCGGAAUUGCCUGACAGCUAUCCUAGAAGAUCGAAGCGGCUUCGUAAGCCGGCGAAGAAUUCAGAAUUUGUUUAUUCUUAAUUAAUAGUGAACAUUCAAAAUUUUUUGUUCUUUCUAAUUAUUUCAUUAACUUUUGAUCUUGUUGGUACAUCUUGAUUUGAAAAAUCUAAUGAACUGUACAUUUCGCUGAA